CAUUUGAUAUGAUCACACUUGCACAACGCCCCCCUCAUGCGUCAGUUCUCUCUUUUACUGGAAUCCCCAACACAGAAUAGGAAAUAAUAUAGCAGCUCAAAGUCAGAGACCUGAUCACACCUGGUUCAUUUCCAGUCACAUCAACAGUUCUGCAAGAGCCUGGCUGUCAAGGGGAUGGCACAUGACAUUUGUCUCACAGGCUUUCGACUUGCCGGGCUUGUCCUUGCAGCAUUGAUUGUCAAUGCAGCGUGUUUGAUCUGGAUUUAUUCUGCUAAGCCGGUUGAAUCACCGUCAGGAGCUGGUGGAGGUUCAAUUCAUGACGUGGUGAAAUUUUUCAGAAGUCCCUCCUCCAAUUCCAGUUUGUUCCUUAAAGCCACAGCUCACCCCACCAAUCAGAUAUUUACUGAGCUAGGUGAGCUGGAGUGGGAGGAGGAGAUUAAGGAGAUGGGCAGCAUGUUCCUGACCAAGAACAGGACCCACAUCCAGGUGACCGUGGCAGGCUGGUACGUGGUCUUUGUGAAAGCCACCUUCAAGCUGCCAGCAGGGAACGACACCAUGGACCUAAGGCUACAGCUGGAUUUCACCUACCGGGAGCGCACGGACCAGUUUGCCAGUGCCUUCGACACGCGGCAGUUGCUGGAAGAGGGGCAAGACGCCCCUCUGAGUUUCUUUGUCCUUUUGCGGAUGGAGCCGGAGAAUAGACUGUCUGUGAUGGCAAGCCACAGGAAGCUAGUUGAUUAUGCAAGGAGACCAGUCUCUACCUUCAUCACUAUCGUUAGAUGCUCUGACUAGCCAAACUGGAGCCUGGGGAGAGGGCCAAGGUCUAAUACCUUUUGACUUAGUGUCUGUAUGCCACACGCAUCCAUUAAGGUAGUAUGUACAGGUAACUGCCAAAAUAAAGGAAAUGCCAACAUAAAGUGUCUUAUUUAGGGCGUUGGGCCACCACAA